CCUUCAGUUAUUAUCACGGAAACGAAAAUAGUGGUAAAAUUACAACCAAGUUUGACUUUGAGUAAUUCUAAAAUUGACCCCUGGAGGUGAUUUGAAGGGCAAACAUAAUGAAUGUUGGAAAAAAGGGAACGUAUAAGAUGUUUACGUUUUCUCUUGACGAUUUGGUGAUCCUAAAUUUGAUUUUGAUCAUAACCGUGUGAAUUAUCUGUAAGUCAAUAUUUUUGUCUCGGCAGCAGAACGAGUCGUUUCAAGACCAACCUUUCAAAACAGGAGUAACACAUUAAUGGGCCCAUUAUCACGUCAAGGUAUAACCGAAAGAAAUUCUCGAUUAUGCGUUAAACAUUAAUAUCCCAAAAGUCAAAUAUUUGUUUUCUGAAAACGCUGAAUAUAUAUCGAUUAACAAUUAUCUGACUAAUUACUUACACCUUACUAUUCGUGAAUUUGAGUCGUUUAUUUCAUUUCAAGUGGAAAACUUGACCGAAUUUCAUUUCAAUGAGCAUGGAAUUAAAAGAUAUAGCUGAUGUUUAUGGUGAAGAACUCAAUAUAAGACAAUUCAAGAAACAUAUAAGGCAAAGUCCCAGAGCCAAAGAAAUUGCGAAAAGAUCCAAAUUGAAUUCUGCUGACGGCAAAGUUAUUGACGAACAUGAUCAGUUUUACAGAGAUCAUAAACUACUUUUAGCGUUAUUUAGGCUACUUGGGGUGAUGCCGGUUCAGCGUGGGCAAAUUGGGAAAAUAACCUUUGGAUGGAUGAGUGGUCCUAUGCUUUAUGCUUACAUAUUUUAUGCAGUAACAACAGUGGUAGUCAUGAUGGUUGGCUAUGAACGUGUUGAUAUUUUACUGAACAAAAGCAGAAAAUUUGAUGAAUAUAUUUAUUCUAUUAUCUUCAUCAUCUUUCUUAUCCCACAUUUUUGGAUACCUUUCGUUGGUUGGGGAGUGGCUUAUGAAGUAUGUGAUUAUAAAAACGGUUGGGGUACUUUUCAACUGCAUUACUAUAAAAUUGCAGGGUCAAACCUGGAAUUUCCCUUCUUGAGUUCACUCAUCGUCAUAAUUAGCCUUGGCUGCCUCAUACUAGCAGUAGUUUUUUUACUAACUCUCAGUGCUUUAUUAGAGGGAUUCAGUCUGUACCACACAACUGCCUAUUAUCACAUUAUAACGAUGAUAAAUAUGAAUUGUGCCUUAUGGUAUAUAAACUGCAGAGCCAUAGGAAACGCUAGUCAUGCAUUAGCGGAUACUUUUCAGAAGGAUAUUGAUCGCUACUGUUCAGCUUACAUAAUCUUCCACUAUCGAAUAUUAUGGUUGGAACUUAGCGAACUACUUCAAAAAAUAGGAAAUGCCUAUGCAAGAACAUAUGCUACGUAUUCAUUAUUUAUGAUUACAAAUAUAACUGUUGCCCUCUAUGGAUUUACUUCAGAAGUCGUCGAUCAUGGAAUAACAUUCUCAUUUAAAGAAAUUGGUCUUCUGGUAGACGGAGUAUACUGUUUGGUUCUUCUUUAUAUUUUUUGUGAUUGUUCUCAUCAAGCAUCAGAAAAUAUAGCUGGGCAAGUACAAUUGUCUUUGCUGAGUAUCAGUCUGACUUCAGUUGAUUUGGACACCACACGAGAG